AUGGGACCAUUCGUUAGUCCCACAAGAGUUUCAGGCAGUGGGAGUCCUGUGCACCAGCCGGAUGCAGGGCCAAACAGUCCGGUUCUCCCCUAUCUAAGCAGCUUUCCUAACGGCUUGGCCUUUUCCCAAACAGCUCCGGGUGCUCCUUACCAUUCGUCGCUGCAUCUGCAGCCGCAUGCAUUGCAUCCCCUGCACACUACGCCUCCAACAACUCCACAUCACGCAUUACUGCACGCUUCUCCUGGCCUCCCCAUCGGGGUGACUCAGCCUCAUACCGGGCAAAACUUCACACAAUUCACUGGACAGCUUGAAACCGGCUCUUCAUUCAACAGCCUCGCCUCAACCGCCAUCUGUUCGGCUUCUGUUUCACCUAUUUCCUCCACUGUUACCCAGCACAACACCCUAGCACCUGGCCUACUCGCUACUCAUACUAGUCAACAUCAGCCAAACUGGCCAGGCCAUCCUGCUGGACAAAAUCUAAAUGCAGCUGCAGUGGCGGCCGCAAAUGCCUUGCAGCAGGGCCUGACUCUGCCCAAUUUACACUCGGCCACUCAAGAUCUUCCAGUUGCAGCCACUUUUAUGAAUUGGCAACAUCCACCUGUACAACCUCAAAAUGGUUCUCUAGUCCCUUGGUUCGAUCUUGGGCGGGCUCUUGGCUCAACCCCGGCAGGUAUGGUCGGCCUCCCUGCUCCUGGCUGCUGCGGACCCUCUCCGUCCAUGGCUGCAAGCCGAUUGCCGCAACCGGCCUCUGCUCCAGGCGGACUCCAACCAGGAAUGGGGCUUUAUGCAGCGCAGACACCGACUGGAGCCAUUUCGUUCCCACAUAGUUCUGCGAUGGCAGUCGCAGCGGCUGCGGCAGCCGCAGCAGUGGCGUCUGCUGCCAUGUCACAGGCACAUCCACAUGGUUCAAGACCGAACCACGUUCUGACGAGACAACGUUUGCGUUGUCCACCUGUACAUCAGUACCAUCACCGCAUGAGCACGAGCCAUGGGGCAGCGAUGGUUGCUCCAAUCCCACGAUCGCUUGAUUUUCCUCCUAUCUCAGGGUAUGCUUAUUUAACCUUUCCUUAUCAGUGGAGUUAUUUGCUCCUCGAAAGCUAA